ACGCGAUUUCUUUUCUUUGCUUGGGGUUAAUUGGUAUUCAAAAGCUGAAAAACCAGCCCUCUCCUCCUCUACUUUUUUCUUGGCGUGAAAUUUCUGGAGAGCGUUUGAAGCAAAUUCAAAAUUUUAUCGGUUUUAUCCUGUUCCUUUGCAUUGUUUCUCUCCAUUUUGAUCUUAUUUUAACUUGCAAGGUGUCUCUUUUCUCGGCUGUCUUUUAGAAAACUUCACGGGAUUUCUUAUCUGGCUUGAGUUUUUAUUCGAAGUUCAAACCCUAAACAUGCUCUUUUCCCUGCGUUUAAAACUCCAGAUUUUGUAAAGAUCUGGAUCAUCAAGGUUUCCUAGAAAGAAGUUGAAUCCAAUAUCAAAAUCAAAAGUAUCGACUGUGGAAGAAGAAAGAUGGGAUCUUGCUGCGGAAAAGGGAAAAGAACAGGGCUGGAAGCCAAUGGCCAUUCCCACCAGCCUCCCGCGACGGUACAACCGGUGAAACCCUCACGUCCAUCGCCGGAAACCCAUUAUGCUCCACCAUCUCCGGCUAAGCCAAACCCACCGAUUGCAUCUCCACCCAAGCCUGCCCCAACCAAUAACACAAUCCUUGGCAAGCCAUUUGAGGAUGUUCGCAGCCAUUAUUCACUCGGCAAGGAGCUUGGCCGCGGCCAAUUCGGCGUCACCUAUUUCUGCAAGGAGAUUGCCACAGGCCAUUCUUACGCCUGCAAGUCGAUCUCAAAGCGCAAACUUGUUCAUAAAAAUGAUAAGGAGGAUAUCAAGAGGGAGAUGCAAAUCUUGCAACACUUAACAGGUCAAUCAAAUAUUGUAGAAUUCAAGGGCUCAUAUGAGGACAGGAAUUCAGUUCAUCUUGUGAUGGAGCUUUGUGCUGGUGGAGAGCUCUUUGAUCGAAUAAUUGCGAAGGGCCAUUACUCAGAGCGAGCGGCUGCGAGUAUUUGCAGGGACAUAGUCAAUGUGGUGAAUAUUUGUCAUUUCAUGGGUGUUAUGCACAGGGAUCUCAAGCCUGAGAACUUCUUGCUUGCAACCAAGGAUGAGGGGGCUAUGCUUAAGGCAACUGAUUUUGGGCUCUCGGUUUUCAUCGAGGAAGGAAAAGUUUAUAAAGAUAUUGUUGGAAGCGCUUAUUAUGUUGCUCCAGAAGUACUGAAACGUAGCUAUGGUAAAGAAAUAGAUAUCUGGAGUGCAGGAGUUAUUCUCUACAUUCUUCUCAGUGGUGUGCCUCCUUUCUGGGCAGAAACCGAAAAGGGAAUAUUUGAUUCUAUCUUGCAAGGUGAGAUUGACUUUGAAAGUUCACCCUGGCCAUCUAUUUCAGCGAGUGCUAAGGAUCUGGUUAGGAAAAUGCUUACCCAGGACCCGAAAAAGAGAAUUACUUCAGCUCAAGUUCUUGAGCAUCCUUGGAUUAGAGAAGGCGGCGACGCAUCUGAUAAACCCAUAGAUAGUGCAGUUCUAACUAGGAUGAAGCAAUUCCGAGCGAUGAAUAAGCUAAAGAAAUUGGCCUUGAAGGUUAUCGCGGAAACCUUCUCUGAGGAAGAAAUUAAGGGGCUAAAGCAAAUGUUCGCUAAUAUGGACACUGACGGUAGUGGUACCAUUACAUAUGAAGAGCUAAAGACGGGUUUGGCGCGGCUUGGUUCAAAGCUUUCUGAAGCUGAAGUAAAACAGCUAAUGGAUGCUGCCGACGUAGACGGCGAUGGGACCAUUGACUACAUUGAAUUUAUAACUGCCACAAUGCAUAGGCACAAGUUGGAAAGGGAGGAGAACUUAUAUGGCGCCUUUCAGUAUUUUGAUAAAGAUAAUAGUGGAUUCAUCACAAGAGAUGAACUUGAAACUGCAAUGGAGGAACAUGGUGUGGGUGAUGCAGCAACAAUAAAGGAAAUAAUAUUAGAGGUUGACACUGACAAUGAUGGAAGAAUAAACUAUGAAGAAUUCUGUGCAAUGAUGAGAAGUGGACUUCCGCAACCAGCUAGGCAUGCCUAAUCUGCCUCUGAAGAGUUUACCUGCAAUUUAAACAUUUGUGGUAGGAAGAAAAUGCAAAAAGUGAAAUUGCAAUCUAGUAUUUGAGGUGUAUAGUUUGAUUUUGAGCUUUUGCUUAAUCUGAGGGCUGUCUAUUUUUUCUUCCUUUCUCCUUCUUUUGUACCUUUUUUCACUGGAUUCUCUCUUUUGUGCUUUGGUAGGAUAAAGCGUUUGAUAUUAACUCAGUAAUAA